UCCGCCUUUGGCCUGCGAGCGGCGGCGCGGGGACGGCAGCGGCAGGCCCGGGCCCGAGGCGCCCGGAGGACCCAGGGUAUGCUAUGACUGGCUUCAGACUCCCCAUCACUACUUUUAGAAAACUAAAUGUUUGGUUUGGACUGUGGGAGAAAUUCCCCUCUAAUAAACUGUGUCUCUCUUGGAGGAGAAGCAUAUUCUGUAACUGUCAAGCAAGCACAGUAAACUACAGAAGAUGUUUCAGCUUUACCCCAGUAAAAAAACUCUGUGCAGUAAGACUUUCUCCAGAGUAUAUCUCAGUACUUUCUCUGAGGAACAAAAGUACCAAGAGCUCUAAAAGGAGCAGACAGACUGUACAAGAAGAGGAAGAAGAGGAUGAAGAAGAAGAGGAAAGUGAUUUGGAAGAUGAAUAUGAAGAUGACCCCUAUGUAGUAAAAGAUUACAAGGAUCUUGAAAAAGUUGUACAGUCUCUUCGAUAUGAUGUGGUCAUGAAAGCUGGUCUAGACAUGGCAAGAAAUAAAGUAGAAGAUGCCUUCUACAAUAAUGAACUCAGGCUGAAUGGAGAAAAACUAUGGAAGAAAAGUAGAACUGUGAAAAUUGGUGACACAUUGGAUUUGAUAGUUGGUGAAGAUAAAGAAACAGGAGCUGCUGUGGUUAUGCGGGUAGUCUUAAAAAAAGUAUCUAACAAAACUGAAAGUGAAAAAUAUAAAAUAAUUUUGAGGCGUUGGAAAAACUUAAAAGUGCCCAAGCAGGAUGUACUUAAGUAACAGGGAGUUGCAUGUGGUGGCUUAAGACUUUUGCAGAAAACUCUAUUUGUUGUUAAAUAUGAAUUUUGGUUAAACAAAAUUACAGUACCCUUUUAUAAGGGUUUGUGUUGGAAUGUUAUCUCCCUCUGCUGUGAGCAUCAGUAUUCAUGCAAUAAGCCUGUCACUUUUUGCUGUUAGUUUUAUUUCAUGGUAUUAUGGGAUAAAAGAUCCAAUCCUUGCAUUCCCAGGCAGUUUCCUUGAAAAAAUUAUAUAAAGUGGAUCAAUAAAGGCUAACUUGAUUGGUGUUUAA